AUGGUAGAAGCAGAGGGCAACCCGACCACUUGGAAGUUCACUCAGUGCUUCGGUGACAAGGGAGAUGUAGAGGAUAUCACGGAAGCUGAUAUCAUAUCUACCGUCGAAUUCGAUGAGACGGGUGAUUAUCUCGCAACCGGUGACAAGGGCGGCAGAGUCGUCCUCUUCGAGCGGAAUAGGACAAAAAAAACCUGCGAGUACAAGUUCCACACCGAGUUCCAAUCGCACGAGCCCGAGUUCGACUACCUCAAGUCCUUAGAGAUCGAAGAGAAGAUCAACAAGAUCAAGUGGUGCAAGCGCCAAAACCCCUCCCACUACCUGCUCUCCACGAACGAUAAGACGAUAAAGCUAUGGAAGGUCUUUGAGAAGUCCCUCAAGGUGGUGGCGGAGAACAACCUCUCUCAGGAGUUGACCCCGGCGGGCGUCCCUAGCGCUGGCGGCCCAGUCCAGCGCCCCGCGUUCCGCUCUGCCGCCGAUCUGAAGUUGCCGCGCCUGACGCUCCACGACACAGUUGUCGCCGCCGUGCCUCGCAAGACCUAUGCUAAUGCCCACGCAUACCACAUCAACAGCAUAUCCGUUAAUAGCGAUGGUGAGACCUUCAUCAGCAGCGAUGACUUGCGUAUCAACCUAUGGAACCUCAACAUCCAGGACCAGAGCUUCAACAUUGUCGAUAUCAAGCCGGCGAACAUGGAAGAGCUCACAGAGGUCAUCACGGCUGCGGAGUUCCACCCGGAGUCAUGUAACCUGUUCAUGUACGCCAGCUCCAAGGGCACGAUCAAGCUGGCGGACAUGAGAGAGAGUGCGCUUUGCGACCAACACUCGAAGCAAUUCGAGCAGGAAGAAGACCCCCAGUCGCGCUCCUUCUUUUCCGAGAUCAUCUCAUCUAUCUCCGACGUGCGAUUCUCGCGGGAUGGCCGCUACAUUCUUUCUCGUGAUUACCUCACUGUGAAGAUCUGGGACGUGAAGAUGGAGAACAAGCCGAUCAAGACCAUCCCUAUCCACGAGCAUCUCAGGCCGAGGUUAUGCGAUACGUACGAGAACGACAGCAUCUUCGACAAAUUCGAGGUUGUCUUCUCAGGCGAUGCGAAGAACGUGAUGACGGGCAGCUACAACAACAACUUCAUGAUCUACCCCUCUGACCCUGACAAGGAAACGGAGGUCGUUCUGCAGGCAGACAAGUCGGCGUUCAAGGCGAAGAAGGUGGGUAUUCCGACGCCGAUGGGCGGCAAUGCGGCGACGAGCCCGACGGGAUCGAGUAAGAAGGGUAGCUCGAGGGCGGGAAGCCCGGCAGCUGGCGCCAUCGGCCCCGGGCAGAGGAUGAGGAAGGAGACGGAUGCGGAUCAGAUCGACUUCAACAAGAAGAUCCUGCACAUGAGCUGGCACCCGAACGAGGACAGCAUUGCCAUCGCGGCAACCAACAACCUUUUCGUCUUUUCGGCAUUGUAA